CUCACCGAGCGAAUUGCUCCGAACGUCAUUAAAUGGAAAAGGACUCGAGUUAAAUUCGAAAAUAUUUGUUAAAAAGAUUAUUUUGUUGCUCGCAAGAGCGUUUCAAUAGUUUAGUCGAUGUAUUAAAGAAUAAAUUCACAAUUCGGUAUUCUCGUCAAAGGUGAUUGUUGAUGAAAAGAGAGUUUUAGAGAAACAGGAUGGCGACUUGACCCCUUCGAAGAAUGAAACACUUUUCACGAAGAAUUGGGAUUUGAGCUCUACUAAGAAAACAGUCCCAGAUAUUACCCACGGGGGGACAACAAAAAAAAGCAAUAAGAUGGCGGACGUGGAUCCGGAAACGUUACUGGAAUGGUUGAGUAUGGGGCAAGGUGAUGAAAGGGACAUGCAGCUGAUUGCACUGGAACAACUGUGUAUGCUGCUCUUGAUGUCGGAUAAUGUCGAUCGCUGCUUUGAAAGUUGCCCACCAAGAACGUUUCUGCCCGCGCUCUGUCGAAUAUUUCUGGACGAGCAUGCACCUGAUAGUGUUCUUGAAGUCACUGCUCGUGCAAUUACAUACUAUCUCGAUGUCUCUGCUGAAUGCACCAGGCGAGUAGUUGCUAUGGAGGGUGCCAUCAAGGCCAUUUGCAGUCGUCUCUCAGGCGCAGCGCUUGGUUCACGCGCCAGUCGUGAUCUCGCCGAACAAUGUAUAAAAGUUUUAGAAUUGGUUUGUGCGCGAGAGGCAGGUGCAGUUUUUGAGGCCGGCGGUCUUCCAUGCGCUCUGUGUUUCAUUCGUGAAAAUGGAGCGCGAGUUCAUCGCGAUACGCUUCAUUCGGCAAUGGCUGUGGUCUCGCGUCUUUGCGGAAAAGUUGAGCCGCAAGACAAAACAUUACCCGAUUGCGUUGCGGCGCUAUCGACUCUCCUUCGUCACGAGGACGCGCAUGUUGCCGAUGGUGCGCUUCGUUGUUUCGCAUCAUUAGCCGACCGAUUCUCAAGACGUGGCACUGACCCUGCACCACUUGCCUCCAAUGGAUUGGUUUCUGAAUUACUCUAUAGGUUAUCAAAUGCAGCUGGACCGAACACAUCCGUAGCGACGGCAUCGGGAAAUCCAAAAACACCACCUCCAAAUACAACAGCAACAACAAUUCCCGCAACUGAACCAAAAUCAUGCGCCUCUGUAUCGACAAUUAUCAGUCUAUUGUCCACCCUUUGUCGUGGUUCACCAUCAAUAACACACGAUUUACUUCGAUCAGAAUUGCCCGACGCUAUUGAAAAAGCCCUCAAAGGAGACGAAAGAUGCGCUCUCGAUUCAAUGCGCCUUGUAGAUUUACUUCUCGUUCUUCUAUUCGAGGGACGUUCGGCGUUGGGUCGCAACAACACUGGCGGUCCAUCAGGACCACUAUUACCCCGCCUCCGUCAUUUGGACAGUGCCGGGGAGAAGACACAUCGACAAUUAAUCGAUUGCAUUCGCUCCAAGGACACCGAUGCACUAAUCGAGGCAAUUGACACCGGUGGAAUUGAAGUGAAUUUCAUGGACGACGUGGGACAGACAUUAUUAAAUUGGGCCUCAGCAUUUGGUACACAGGAAAUGGUUGAAUUUCUCUGCGAUCGUGGCGCGGACGUUAAUAAAGGACAACGUUCGUCGAGUUUACAUUAUGCCGCGUGCUUUGGCAGGCCGGCAAUUGCAAAAGUUUUAUUGCGUCACGGUGCAAAUCCAGAUUUACGCGAUGAAGAUGGUAAGACGCCGUUGGAUAAGGCACGCGAGAGAAUUGAUGAGGGACAUCGUGAAGUGGCGGCAAUACUUCAAUCGCCUGGCGAAUGGAUGCUGCCACCGAAUCAGGAUAGUCGGAAAACCGAAACUGAGACUGAGGAAUAUAUGGAACCAAAAGGCGAUCCUGAAAUGGCGCCAGUUUAUUUAAAGAGGCUUUUACCUGUUUUUUGCUCGACCUUCCAGUCGACAAUGCUGCCCAGUGUGAGAAAGGCGAGUUUAAGUUUGAUACGUAAAAUGGUACAUUAUAUACAAUCGGAAUUACUCGUGGAAACUUGCGGUUCGGAUAAGACCGGAGGAUGUGGAGCAAUGCUCGUUGAAGUUAUCGCCAAUGUUUUGGAUAACGAGGAGGACGAGGACGGUCAUCUAGUGAUACUUCAAAUGAUACAAGACUUGAUGAUUAAAGGGAAGGAUGAAUUUUUAGAACAUUUUGCACGUCUCGGUGUAUUUUCGAAAGUUGCAUCAUUGGCUGGACCACAGGAGACAAUUCCCGAACCUGAGACAGAACCAAAUCAAAAUGGAGAUGAGCAACGUUUGGAGGAUGCUCGUGAAUUAUUAAUUGGAAAGGCUUAUCAUUGGCGUGAUUGGUUUAUUUGCCGCGGUCGUGAUUGUCUUUAUGUUUGGUCGGAUGCAGCGGCAUUGGAAUUGUCAAAUGGCAGUAAUGGAUGGUUUCGUUUUAUUCUCGAUGGAAAACUCGCGACAAUGUAUUCAAGUGGAAGUCCCGAGGGUGGAACUGAUACAACGGGAAAGGGGAGGAACACUGAGUCGCUCGGUACUGAAGAAAAUCGGGGCGAAUUUUUGGAAAAACUACAACGAGCUCGCAGUCAAGUGAAACCAAAUUCGGUGAGUCAACCAAUUCUUUCGCGUCCUGGUGUUACGAGACUUGUCGUUGGCAAUUGGGCAUUGUCGAGCAAAAAAGAGAGUGAAUUAUCAAUUCACAAUAGCGAUGGACAACAACAGGCGACAAUACUCAGGGAAGAUUUGCCCGGAUUUAUUUUCGAAUCAAAUCGAGGAACAAAACAUUCGUUUACUGCUGAAACAAGUCUAGGACCUGAAUUUGCAGCCGGAUGGGCGGGCAAACGGGGCAAGCGAUUACGAUCAAAAAUCGAGGCGCUCAAGCAAAAAGUUAAAAAUCAAGCACAAGAGAUAUAUGAGCGUUACUUUAAGGCAGCACAGGCAGAGCCACGUGGUGUUGUCGCGAAACUUGGCACAAUUGUCAGUCAAAUUGAGAAAGCAUGUCAUAAACAACAAUCGGGUAAUCGAGAAUGGCGAAAUGUUUUGCAAAGUGCUUUGGAGGAAUUGAAAAUUCUCCUCAAUGAAGAGGGAAAAGUAUCGGCCUAUGAAUUACAUUCAAGUGGAUUGGUGCAAGCAUUACUUGGUCUAUUAGCGGCGCCAACAAUUUCACAACCGCCUUCAAUUCGUGCGACGAAACUCCGUCUCCAGAGGAUAGCGGUCUUUAAGAAUUGCUUUCAAGCAAAAGACUCACACAAGGAGCACAAUUCAGCAAAGACAUUAGUACAAAAAUUAAUUUCCGUACUUGAGUCUAUUGAAAAAUUACCCGUCUAUUUAUACGAUACACCUGGUUCUGGUUAUGGUCUACAAAUUUUAACCCGUCGUUUAAGAUUUCGUUUGGAGAAGGCGAAUGGCGAGAGUGCGUUAAUCGAUCGUUCCGGAAGGAGUUUGAAAAUGGAACCAUUGAGUACUGUACAACAAUUGGAGAAUCAUUUAUUGAAAAUGGUGGCUAAACAAUGGCACGAUCAUGAUAGAUCGACUUUCACGUUCGUUAAGAAACUCAAGGAUGGCAAUCGAUUGACAUUCAAGUAUCAGCACGAUUUCGAUGAGAAUGGAGUUCUCUAUUGGAUUGGCACUAAUUCAAAAUCGUCGCCCGAAUGGGUUAAUCCGGGACAAUAUGGCCUCGUUGUUGUCACAUCGAGCGAUGGUAGAAAUCUUCCGUAUGGACAUCUCGAGGAUAUACUGAGUCGUGAUCCAGCGGCAUUGAAUUGCCACACGAAUGACGAUAAGAGAUCGUGGUUUUCGAUUGAUCUUGGCGUUUGGAUUAUACCAAGUUCGUAUACAUUGAGACACGCGAGAGGCUAUGGACGAAGUGCAUUGAGAAAUUGGCUAUUUCAGGCGUCGAAGGACGGCGUGAAUUGGACGACUUUGUACGCACACGUUGACGAUUGUUCGUUAAAUGAGCCGGGGAGUACGGCGACAUGGACAUUGGAUCCGCCGAGCGAUGAAUCGCAAGGUUGGCGACAUUUACGCUUACAGCAGACGGGGAAAAAUGCCUCGGGACAGACGCACUAUUUGUCGGUUUCUGGAUUUGAGGUUUAUGGCGAAGUGACGGGAGUUUGCGAGGAUUUGGGUAGAGCUGCGAGGGAGGCUGAGGCGGGAGUUCGAAGACAGAGGCGAUUGAUCAGAACGCAAGUGCUGAGACAUUUGGUGGCUGGGGCGAGAGUCGCGAGGGGCCUUGAUUGGAAGUGGCGCGAUCAGGAUGGAGUACCACCUGGCGAAGGGACAGUGACCGGGGAAUUGCACAAUGGAUGGAUAGACGUGACCUGGGACUAUGGCGGUUCAAAUUCGUAUCGAAUGGGCGCUGAGGGCAAAUACGAUCUUCGACUCAUUGGCACUGGAAUGGACUCCGAGAGCAGUAUAAAGGGUAAGAUUUGUGGCGUUUUAACUGGCCGAAAAUCGAGCAGUACUCCGAGUCUACCUGAUUGCACCGACACUGUUCGAUGUUCCGUAGCUUCCACCGACCAAGCCGCGAGCACCGACAACUUAGCAGCCAAGCAAGCAGCGGAGUCGAUUGCGGAGAGUGUGCUGUCAGUUGCUCGAGCGGAAGCAGUCGUCGCUGUGACCGGUGAGGGAGGAGCAAAUUCAACCGGUGAACUUUCGGUUGUUCUUCAUCCGCGACCCGAUACAACGGUGACGAGUGAUUUGGCCACAAUUGUCGAAAGUCUAACUCUCAAUACCGAGUGCUCAACAAAUAGUAACAGUAAUCGAACAUCGAAUAGCUCAAAACCAAUUUUCCCUCCUGUUAGAGGAAACAAGCCUGCAAGUAGUUUACUGAGUCUGGAAGCCGCUGAAGUUCUGGAUAGAAUGAGAGAAGGGGCGGAUAGAAUGAAGAAUAAUACGAAUAGUUUCCUGAGUGGCGAACUAGUCGGUUUGGUUCCUGUUAGAAUUAGUGUAGCUGCCGAAACUGAGGAAAAUUCACUGAGGAUAAAACCAAUUCCCAGACAUCCACCACAUAUGUUGGACGUAGGAAGUAAAGAGUGCAGCCGUGAUAAGGAGGCAAGCUCUUCCUCGCAAAAUCCCGCUGGAGGAUGUUCUGUUGUUACCAAUCCAAUGUCUGUCUCUGUGCCCAAUCUUGCUUGUUCAGAUGUUAACAACACCUUGGAACCGGCAGCCGCUACUGGCUUGCUGGAAACAUUUGCUGCGAUGGCGCGAAGACGAACAUUAGGUCCGGCAGGUGGUCAGCACAUUGCUCCAAAUUCGAAUUCUAGUUCAAAUCCAAGGGGACCUAAUUCCGUCUCUAGUUUGGUUAGAUUAGCACUUAGUUCAAAUUUCCCUGGCGGAUUGUUGAGUACAGCUCAAAGUUAUCCAAGUCUCACGAGCAGCGGUCAAGUUGCCGGCAGCGGUGUGACGACAACUACGGGACCAGGAUUAGGACAAGCUUUUACAAUGUCCCUCACCAGUACAAGUAGUGAUAGUGAACAGUUGUGGCUGCAGGUUAGUCUGGAGGAUUUCCUGGAGUCCUGCGGCGGUGUCGCGGGCUCGAGUGUCAGUGGCGGUCGCACAACUGGUGGACCGACUCUUCUCACUGAAUUGGAAGACGACGAAGACCCCAUUCUCCCCGAGGAAGACGACGACAACGAGGACAAUGAUCAGGAAGUAUACUUUUUGCAGGAUGAUGAUGAGGAAAAUGAGGAAGAGGGCGACGGCGGCGAGGGCGAGUACGAAGAAAUGAUGGUUAAUCGCAAUUUGUUGGCAGCAUUUUUAGAGGAAGAAACACCACAAAGUACAAAACGACGAGCAUGGGACGAUGAAUUUGUAUUGAAACGACAAUUUUCCGCUCUUAUUCCAGCCUUCGAUCCUCGUCCAGGCCGAACAAACAUCAAUCAGACAACGGAUUUAGAUGUACCUCAACCGGGAAGUGAGACACAAUCGAGUGUUCGUGUCGGUGCAACGCAAAUGCCAAAAUUGUCCCUGACAUUAAAAGGUCCUGGACUUCCGGGCAUUGCGGACGUUGAAUUACCACUUUCGGAGCCAAAGGCCAGUAUUUUCCAAUCGGUCCAAGAACUGAUGCAACUCACCGAACUUGGAAGUAGACAAGAAAAAUUGCGAAGAAUAUGGGAACCUACUUACACAAUAAUUUACAAAGAAGCGAAAGAUGAUGAGUCGUCUGGACGUGCAACGCCAAUUGUGACACUUUAUUCUCGUAAUGCAAAUAAUCAAACGACAAAUCCGUGUACAGUGGAAGAUGUAUUGCAACUUUUGCGUCACGUUUAUGUAUUGAGUACAACCAAAGAUGAGAAGAAAGAUGAGAAUUGUGUGUCGAAUGAAGACGAGUGUCUUGUUAAUCCAGAUGAUUUUACAUCGAAGAAAAUCACCAACAAAAUAGUACAACAAAUUCAAGAUCCAUUGGCGCUUGCUGCCGGUGCAUUGCCAACGUGGUGUGAGGAAUUGGCGAGGAGUUGUCCAUUUUUAUUGCCAUUUGAAACGAGACGACUUUAUUUUAGUUGCACGGCAUUUGGUGCGUCGCGAUCAAUUGUCUGGUUACAAACGCAAAGGGACGCUGUACUCGAGAGACAAAGGGCGCCCGGGCUCAGUCCAAGGCGCGAUGACAGUCACGAAUUUCGUGUGGGAAGAUUAAAACACGAGAGGGUCAGUGUGCCUAGAGGUGAUAAGUUACUCGACUGGGCGGAGCAGGUUCUCAAGGUUCAUGCGAGUCGAAAGAGCAUUUUAGAGGUGGAAUUUGUUGGCGAGGAGGGAACGGGUCUGGGACCGACUUUAGAAUUUUUCGCCCUUGUCGCAGCUGAAUUGCAAAGGAAGGAUUUGGGUCUUUGGCUGUGUGACGAUGAGGAGGCGUGUGAGCAAGAUAAUCUUUGUCCGUCCGGUGAACAGAUUCGACCACAUGGUUACUAUGUAACACGUCCCAGUGGUCUAUUCCCGGCACCAUUGCCACAAGAUUCACCCGAAUGUCAACGUGCAACACGAUACUUUUGGUUCCUAGGUGUGUUCCUCGCCAAAGUCCUACAAGACAAUCGACUUGUCGAUCUACCGCUCUCGAGGCCAUUCCUGAAAUUAAUGUGCCGCGGUGACAUCACAAACAAUGUGAAUGAAAAAAUCGGUCUAACUGGUGUCAAUCAAGAGAGCAUGUCGUCCAGCAUGGCGAGUAGUUUUAUUUCCGAGGAGGGCGAGCAAGAUACGGCAAGUUGUUCGGCACUCGAACCAACACCCUGGUACAGUGGAAUUCUCGAUAUCGAUGAUCUUGCACACGUUGAUCCUGUGCGUGGGGAAUUCCUCAAGGAAAUACAAAAUUUAACGUCAAAACGUGAGAGAGCAAUUUCCGAGGGUCAAUCGUCGGCUGACGAGAGUUACGAUUCAUUUAGAAUUACACAUUCGUCGGGCACAUCGGUGGCAAUUGAGGAUCUUGCAUUGACAAUGACAUAUGCGCCGAGUUCGAAAAUAUUCGAACACGACGUUAUGGAAUUGAAGGAGAACGGGGCCGAUGUGACAAUUACUUUGGAUAAUGCCAAGGAAUAUAUGGAAUUAACGGUGAAAUAUUGUUUGGAUCGUGGUAUUAAUAAACAAAUGGAGGCGUUUCGUGCUGGUUUUUCAAAAGUCUUCCCCAUGGAGAAAUUACAUGCAUUCAGUCCCGAGGAAAUUCGAGCAAUGCUCUGUGGUGAACAAAAUCCACAAUGGACACGCGAGGAUCUUCUUAAUUACACCGAACCAAAAUUGGGUUACACGAGGGAAAGUCCCGGUUUCCAGAGAUUCGUUAAUGUCCUAUUGUCUCUGACGGGUGCAGAGAGAAAGGCCUUUCUGCAAUUUGCAACCGGGUGCUCGGCACUUCCACCCGGUGGUUUAUGCAAUUUACAUCCUAGACUGACAGUUGUAAGGAAAGUCGACGCAGGAUCGGGCGGCUAUCCAUCCGUAAAUACGUGCGUGCAUUAUUUAAAAUUACCAGAAUAUCCAACUGAAGAAAUUUUAAAAGAAAGACUCCUCGCUGCAACGCGAGAAAGAGGUUUUCACUUAAAUUAAACAAAAAAAGAAGAAAAUAAACUUAGUCAUCGAAUAGAGACACUAAAAAAACAGGAACAUUAACAAAUUUUCGUUUUGGGUCCUUUUUUUCAUUAUUUGAGAGAGUGUGACGAAAAAAUGAAACACAAGUUUCCGAUAGUUCCUGAAAUUAUUCAUUAUAUACAAUAUAAAAAAUAUAGUUAAUUUUUUUCACUCUACUAGAACUAUUGAAACAUGAAUUCUCUUCAGUCGCGAACUUUCGUUUUCGAGAGACUUAGUUUUUUUUUUAUUUCAUGGAUUUUUGGAACAAAAAAAAAACAAGCUUUCCACCAAUACUAACGAGAGAAAAAAAAGUCUUUGUAAUCAUUGUUAUUUCAAAGAUAAUGUGAUAAACUACAUGUGACAAAAAAAGAAAAAAAAAAAAAAUUGUCUACAAAACUAGGUAGUAUUGUAAUAUCAUUUGUCCUUCAAAUGGACUUUGAAUUUGAAAAAAUUUUAUUCUCUACUAAUUUUUUAGGUUUACGCAAAUUAUGAAUUAAUCAUUGUUUCAUGUAUUAUAGGACUUAUUGUAAUAUUUCGUUUACUUUUCAAUUUCCUUUCAUUCUUCUCUCUUCUUACUCUUUAUUUCUCUAAGGGAAAAAAACUUUUUUUUUCUUAUCUUGUGUUUCCAGUAGUUAGUCAAAAAUUAACUCAGUACUUACAAGUUAGGUUUUUUUUCCUCCUGUGAAUUUUAUGGUGUUUUUUUCUUUUUUUUUCUCCUUGAAGGAAAAGAUUAAAAAAUUUGUAGUUUGAUUUAAAAUUCGUUUUUCUUUCAUUUUAUGAAUGAUCAUUAAAAAAACAUUUAAUGUUGGCUUUAAAUAAAUAAAUUACUCGUAGAAUUUAUUUUUCACUGACUAUAAUUUUAGUGAAUCUUUCCUCUCGAAUUAUAAUAAUAAUAAAAAAAAAUAAAACGUCCGUAUCAAUGUUUGUCUCUUUAAGGGAUUGUAUGUUAUAAAAUUGUAUGUUAAAAUUUUAACGAAAUUUCAAAAAUGUUUUGACUUUAUUGUCAAUAUAUCUAUUCCAUAAAGAAAAAUUGGAUUUUCUUCUUUUUUUCUGAAUAAGAUUCAUGUUUCCUUAGUCUUUUUAAAAAAGCAUAAAAAAAAUUAUUAUUGAAAACGAAGUACUUGUGAUUUUGUUCGUUUUCGAAGAAAAGAAGAAAAAAAAUAUUAGUCAAAUUAAGCACUUUGUUUGUACGGUAACAUACUUAAUGCUCACACGGUAUAUACGACUGUAGAUUGAGAGAAAAAAAAAUGAAAAAAAAAGAAAAAAAAAGAAAACAAUCGUAUACCUGUAAUUGCAUAUAGAGGAAAGUUUUAAAGAUACAUAAUAUAAAUGUGAGAAAAUAUUAAUAAACGAUAAACGAUGUCGAAAUGGAAAAAAAAGAU